UUGCAGUGCCGUAAUCUGAAGGGCGGCGGUGGUAGAGAGCAAACUCAACCUCCACUCCCCAUCCCUCACGCCGCCCGCCCUCCUCCAACUUUCUGCGGCGGCUGGUCGUAUUCUCCUCCCGGCGCUGGCGGCGCUGCCGAGCAUGUUUGGCUGCAGUGUCCUCAGUCCACCGGCAGUGGCGGUAGCGAACAGUCUACCCACCGCUCAACUCCUGUGGCGGCUGGGUCGUGUUCUCCUCCACACGCUGGCGGCGCUGUCGAACAGCUCCACAUCCCCGCGGUGUGUUGUGGGCCCCGGAUGUGCUGAUUGUGAGCUCGCUCCGUGUCGUAAUCGGUCGGGGGGUGGGGGGGGAGGAGGCGGAAGGCUGCCGUCGCCGCCGUCGUGAUGGAAACACCCGAGAAAUAAAUGAUGACCAUAGUUGAUAAAGUGACAGAGGCCUCAAACACUGCAGCUUGCAAGAACCAGACCUGCAGCUCCGUGGCACCUUUCUCUGGAAUUGUCCAAGAGAAGAACAUGGAGCCAGGAACAGCAAGUUGGGGUGCCGCAUCUCCUAUUACAGAGGUAUCGAAGAACAAAAUGUUGGGACCUAUGCCUGGAGCUGCUCUAUAUACCAAUACAAUGUCUCUACAGGAGAAACCAAAGCAACCAGUACAAAAAGACCAAAAUGUGCUGGGCAGUGGUGACGGGAUCGCACCUCCACAAAAAAUAUUGUUUCCAGCGGAGAAGAUUUCCUUGAAAUGGCAGCAAAUCCACAAAAUAGGAGCUGGCCUCCAAAACCUGGGCAAUACCUGUUUCCUGAAUUCCGCUCUGCAGUGCUUGACGUACACGCCGCCUCUUGCAAACUAUAUGCUAUCCCGAGAACAUUCCAGAACAUGUAACGAACAGGGAUUCUGUAUGAUGUGCAUGUUGCAGAACCAUAUCACCCAGGUCUUCUCUAAUUCUGGGAAUGUCAUCAAGCCCGUGUCUGUCAUCAAUGAUCUUAGACGGAUAGCAAAACAUUUCCGAUUUGGAAACCAGGAAGAUGCUCAUGAGUUCCUACGUUACACAGUUGAUGCUCUUCAGAAAGCAUGUCUGAACGGAAGCAACAAGUUGGAUAGACAAACUCAGGCCACCACAAUGAUAUAUCAAAUUUUUGGAGGGUACUUAAGAUCCAGAGUUAAAUGCCUAAACUGCAAAGGAGUUUCUGACACAUAUGACCCAUAUUUGGAUAUUGCUCUGGAAAUAAAGACAGCACCAAACAUCACAAAAGCCCUGGAUCAGUUUGUGAAACCAGAGCAGCUAGAUGGAGAAAAUGCCUACAAAUGUACCAAGUGUAAGAAAAUGGUUCCUGCCUCAAAGCGAUUCACCAUCCAUCGAGCUUCAAACGUGCUGACACUCUCUCUAAAGCGCUUUGCUAACUUUACUGGUGGAAAGAUCGCAAAGGAGGUGAGAUAUUCUGAGUACCUGGAUGUUCGGCCGUACAUGUCUCAGUCAAAUGGAGAGCCGGUGGUCUACGCUUUGUAUGCGGUGUUGGUACACUCAGGAUUCAGCUGUCAUGCUGGACAUUACUACUGUUACAUCAAGGCGAGUAACGGGCAGUGGUACCAGAUGAACGAUUCCCUCGUAUCUACAAGCGAUAUCCGAUCAGUGCUGAAUCAGCAAGCAUAUGUACUGUUUUAUAUCAGAUCACAUGACACAAAAAAUGGGUCAAAGCAUUCUAAUCACAUGGGCCAGUCAUCUCCGAGACCACCUGUCAAUCAGCGGUUGGCUACCAACCAAUCUCUUUCUGGUUUCAUUGGACCACAACUCUCUCCACAAAUGACCAAGAAAUCAAAUCACUUAACAAAUGGAAAUUGCUCCCUGAAGGAUGUUCACAGCAAUGCAACGCCCAGCACAAGUGGAACCAGGACAAUUUCUACGCCCCCUGGACCCUCUCAGAGCCGGUUACUGCCCAGACCAACCACCUUACCCGAAUCUUCCAAGCGGCAGAAGCUUUCAUUUAGUAUACAGCCUUCCAAGCCGGGAACGAGACAAGCCCAGCCUGCGACCAAGCUCCACAGUAGUCCAUUGGAGAACUUGUACAAAGCUCCAUCCAGUGUUUCCCACACCAAUGUUUCACCAUCUACCUCGGGUACCUCAGCGCCAGGAUCCCCACCCUCCAUUCCAUCUGCGACAACCGUCGCAGCCACUCAACCCAUGGCAUCUAACACUUCCUCUUCUCACGUAAUGGUGAACGGUCAGUCCAAGGGAUCUUCCAACUCUCUCGUUCCAUACAAUGAGGAAUCUUCAGAGGAAUCAGAUGAAGAACCCAAAGGCUCGAUUAAGGAAAAUGGCUAUGCAAAGUCCCUGAAUAGAGCAAUUAAUGGAACUGCACCCAGUGUAUAUCUCAAAAUGAAUUCGGUGCCUGCAGCCACCAGUGAUGACUGUCACCCAGAAAAGCUAACUGAGAUGGAUGCAACGAAAACUGAUGCACUUCGAGAUCAUGGCAGGCAUCCGACAUCUGAACCUGUUGUUCCUCAGGAGCAGUUUGUGAACUGUCCUGCAAAUGGUUUACCAACCAAGGGACCAUCAGCUCAUGAAGCCCAUCUUUUACAGAAUCCAAACAUAGAACACACAUCACAGAACUUAGCAAGCAGAAAAAAUGGAUCUGAAGAUGCCAGAGGAAAUGAACAGCACUUGCUUAUCCUAUCGAAGACUGGCUGUGCAAUGAAUCAUAGUGGCGGUGGUGAUGCAGACGUGGUCCAAAGAUACAUGACUGAGAAAGAAGCAAGCUUAAGUUCUCCGCUAAAAGAAGCCACUGAUGGGAUGUCUCCAUUGCCCCCAGCCGAACCCUUGAAAGGCAGUGGUGAUUUUCAGAAAAACAUUGAUGGAUGCGCUGUUGUUAGUGUCACUUCCAACAUCCAGAGUCCUGUUCACGAGGUGCGACUGCUCCCAGAGGAAACUGAUUCUGAGAAGCACACUGAAGAGAAAGUCAGACCUAGUCAGAGUAGGAAGGAGACUCUGAUGAUGGACAACACCUCCAAUGGCCAUGGAAUUGAGCAUGAAAAACCACCUACUCAAGAUCCAGACAACAAGCUGCCAGAAAUGGAAAAUCACCGAAUUAAACCACAAACUGUUUACGAUGAUAAGAACAAUGUGGAAAGUGAGGGUCAAGCUACUCAUAAGGAAAAAAUCAGUCAAGAUGAAACUCGUCCGGCAGGAAGAUUUGAGCAUUCAACUGAGAAGCAUCAAUCUGAUAGGGAGACGGAUAAUCAAAAGCAGAAUUGGGCAUUUGAGGAAAGUGAACAACUUACCAACAAAGAUAGGCUUCAGGAACAGCUUACAAAAAAGGAUGUGCUCCAGAAGCCAGAGCAGGAAGCAAGUCGUUUAGUCAUUGCAGCUGUUAAGGAAACCUCUAAUCAAACCAGGAAUGGCAAUUCAGAACGUGACAUCACUUGCAGGACAGCAGUUUUUCCUCCGAGCAGGGUCACGGCCAGUCUAGAGGAAACGCGGAUUCAGGAGAAAGAAAGUACCAUCGCAGCACAUGCAGAUGCUCGCAGUAGAGAACAGACCAUUGAAGAGAAAAGUAGAGUGUUGCAAAGGGAUAGUCACAAGAAUGAUUCCAACUACAGGCACAGAUCCAGGGAACACAAAGAAAGAAGGUUAUCUCAAAAUGAAAAGGAAAUUGAAAAACCAACAAGUUGCAGUUACAGUAAUUGGUCUCACAAAACAGACUAUCAAGAUGGGAGAACUAAUAAAUAUAAAAGAGAUAACGAGUGUCCUGCAGACAGGCAAAUUUACUGCAAUUCAAAGCUGCUUCCAUUUUACCAUCACCCCUAUCAGGAUAAGUUCUACAGGGAGAAGUACAGCUCGGGCUCCAACGGAAGGUCUUGGAGCAAUCAGUUUGAAUAUAAUGGACUAGAGAGCAAAUCUGGGCGUAAGCGCCAGCAUUGUAGCAGCGAGUCGGACACCGAGAGGAAAUGGAAAAAGUUCUGUAGGGAUCGGCUGUCUGAGGAAAGGAGAAUGAAAAGGCACAAAAAAUCGAAGAAGAAAAAGGCAUCUAAAGAUAAACACAGAGAUCGAAAUCAUAGGCAACAUCUGUUGGAUGUGUCAGAAAUGGAUUCUGGGACCGAUGAAAGGAAACACCGGAAAAAGAAGAAGAAGAAGAAGAAGAAACGACAUCACGAUGACAAAGACGACCAUUACCAAAAAGACCAUCACCAUUCCAGAAAGCACCAUGGUGUGAAAUCAGCUAACACUACAGGUGAACGGGAGAGGUUCUGUGAACCAACCCACAGUGGCUUUUCUGAAGAUAAGAUUCACAGAUACAAGCAAACAUACGAUGAUCGGUUGCAGCAGAAAGCUAAAGUUGCAUAUAUAGAAAGCAAGCCGAACGGUUCUCACCUCCACAUCAGAGAUGAACUACUAAAUGAUCAUAAUGGAGGUAUUAGCAGACAUCUUCUAGACUGUGGAUCGAUAAAUGACCGUCACAGUGAGUGGUCCAGGAAGAGGUUAGAAAAUGGCAGUGAUUUCUAUAAACAUUCAAAACUGGAGAAAGAACACUUACGAGAGAAGCACUACUCACACAAUUACAAGGAAUGUUGUCCGAUAGAGAGCAGGAGCAACUUUUCUGCUGUUAGUUCUUUUAGGGAUUCUGCAAGGCGGAAGGCCGAUGAAAAGCGAUGUGAAGAGCAGAAAGCUCAAUAGGAGUUUCCAGAAGGGAAACUUUAAUACAGAUAUCCACAAAAUGUGACGAAACUUCACAAGAGCUCACACUUUGGGAUCCUGCACGCGGUGCUUUAUUCCUUAAAAUACUGUACAGAACUUUCACAACCAGGCGGAAACACUUUUAGUUUUCUUCUUGGAGAGUUUGUUUUUUUUUUGAUUUACACGUUUAGUGAAAAAUCCAAAAAGGAUUGUUAGUUUCUGUUCCUUGAUGAACACUGUACAAAUAUUGUAUAAAUAGCUGUAAUAUAUAAAUGGUAAUUCACCCUGGAAUUUUUUUUAAAGACUCCAAUGCUGCUCAGCCACAGACUCAGGUUUGAUUACUACUUGUGUGUUAUGUGUAAUUUCUAGCGGUUAACUCUUGGGUGUAACUGGUACCUGAAUAAACGGACCAGAAAAUGGCUACUGGGACUACAGGAAUAUUGAUAGUGCAGCAGACUGUGAAAUCGGUGGUUUGUUUUAAUAAACCAAGCACUAAAUCUUAUUUUACAAACCCAAAGUUUUUCUUUUGAGAGCAAAAUCAGUCAAGAGUUAGAAUCAAAAAAGUUCAGACUUAUGACCGGAACCUCAACGAUGACUUAUUUGAAUUCUGUCUGAAACUAGAAACUAAUUUCUUUAAAUUCAGCGUUAUAUGGUCUAGAGUAUGUUCUUGAGAUUUUAAUUCCAGUUCUUGAGAUUUUAAUUUUAAACUUUAUUUACUUUUAAAUUCACAGGUUAUAAUUUGUUUAUAAAAGGGCUUUAGAAUGUAAAUUAUUUUAAUGUUACUCUUCUAAUAUACUGCCUUUUAAGAUGUUCCUUGGGCAAAACUGUACUGAUAUAUACAUAGAAUAUAUUGUUUAAAAGAAAAGAAAUGUAAUUUGAUCUAGACCAUUAAUUUUUUUUGCCCUGGUUUGAUGGCAAAAUAAAUUCCCAAUGUGCAUUUACACUGGGCUACAUCUGCGUGCAGUGUAGCAGUUGCCUUUCUAGCAUCUGAGGUGCUUCCGGUACCUUUACCGAUUGUACGUCACUUUAAAAGUUUCUAGCUGCAGACAGAAUUGAAUCCUGAGAACAUUAAAACUGAAACACACUCAAAACUGUGAUACCAGCUAUUUCAACUCUGGGCCUGUAUCAGGAAGGCAAGGUUUUAAAAAAAAACUAAUGUAAUCCGUGUGAUUAUGGGAAAGUGUGUGUGCGUAUGUGUGGUUCAGAGCUGUACUGAAGUGUGUUUAACUUUAAUUGAGUUGGUUGAGAGGUGUUUGGGAUGGAACAGCCAUCUGCCCAUGUUGUACUGUAGCAUGUGAAAUUUGUAGAAUGUACGAACAUGAAGUAAAGCUGAACAAAAUGUAUAUAACGCAAUGUGUUAACGCUUUUCCUUUCACAGUGCACUGCCAUCAUUCACAUCUAAGCUUGGUAACAAGCAGAGUAACCACUUCCGUAUCCUCGUUAAGACCAUAAGACAAAGUAAUAGAAUCAGGCCAUUCAGCCAAUUGAGUCUGCUCCACCAUUCCACCAUGGCUGAUUGAUUUUUCCCUCUCAACCUCAUUCUCCUGCCUUUUCCCUGAAACCUUUGAUGAUGCACUGACUAAUCAUGAAACUAUCAUUCUCCACCUUAAAUAUACCCAAUGAACUCGGCUUGCACAGCUGUCCGUGGCAAUGAAUUCCACAGAUUCACCAUCCUAUGGCUAAAGAAAUUUUUCUUCAUCUCUAUUCUAAAUGGACGUCCCUCAAUUCUGAGGCUGUUCCCUCUGGUUCUACACCCUCCCGAUAUAGGAAACAUCCUCUGCACAUCCACUUUAUCCAGACCUUUCAAUAUUUGAAAUACAAAAGCUAGCUAGCCAAUAAUAUUAAAGAGGAUACUCAAAGGAGAGCCAAGAGUGGAUAUCGGACUGCUGGAGAAGUAGUAAUGGGGGACACGAACAUAGUGGACGAACUGAAUAAAUAUUUUGCAUCAGACUUCAAUGUGGAAUCACUAGCAGUAUGGUGGAAGUUCCAGUUGUCAGGAGGCAUGAAGUGUGUAAAGUUACCAUAACUAGAGAGAAGGUUAUUGGGAAACUGAAAGGUCUGAUGGUAGUUAAGUUACCUGGACCAGAUAGUGUACACCUCAGGGUUCUGAAAGAAGUGGCUGAAGAGAUUGUGGAGGCAUUGAUAAUGAUCUUUCGAGAUUCUAGAUUCUGAAAUGGUUCUAGAAGAAUGGAAGAUUUCAAAUGUGUCUCCACUCUUCAAGAAGGGAGAGAGGCAGAAGAAAGGAAACUAUAGGCCAAGUAGUCUGACCUCAGUGAUUGGGAAUAUGUUGGAGUUGAUUAUUAAGGAUGAGAUCACAGGAUGCUUGGAGGUACAUAUAAAAUAGGCCAUAGUCAGCAUUGUCUCCUCAAGGGAAAAUCUUGCCUGACGGAUCUGUUGAAACUCUUUGAAGAAAUAAGAAGCAUGAUAGACAAAGGAGAAUUGCUUGACAUUGUCUACUUGGAUUUUCAGAAGGUCUUUGACAAGGUGGCACACAUGAGGCUGCUUAACAAGCUACAACCACAUGGUAUUACAGGGAAGAUCCUAGCAUGGAUAAAGCAGUGGCUGAUUGGCAGGAAGCAAAGAGUGGGAAUCAAGGGAGCAUUUUCUGGCUGGCUGCUGGUGACUAGUGGUGUUCCACUGGGGUCUGUGUUGGGGUCGAUUUUGUUUGCUAUAUGUGUCAACGAUUUAGAUGAUGGAAUUGGUGGCUUUGUUGCAAAGUUUGCAGACGAUAUGAAGAUAGGUGGAGGGGCAGGUAGCUUUGAGGAAGUAGAGAGGUUUCAGAAAGACUUGGACGGAUUAGAAGAAUGGGCAAAGGAAUGGCAGGUGGAAUACGGUGUUGGGAAGUGUAUGGUCAUGCACUUUGGUAGAAGAAAUGAUGGUUGACUUUUCGAAAUGGAGAGAAAAUACAAAAAAAUCUUAAACACUAAGGGACCUGGGAGUCCUUGUGCAGGAUUCUCUAAAGGUUAAUUUGCUGCUUGG